AUGGCGCCGAUCAUCUACCAGCGAAGGGUGGAGGACAGCGAUGAGAGUAUGGGCUCUGGCCGCAGCGACAGUUCAGGCUAUUCUAAUAGCACUGCUCCAACACAGUACAGCACCCGUCCCAGCUUCAAGCGAUGCAGCACAGCAGGAGCACGACUAGAAGUUGGCGAUGAGCGCGAUCCGAUUUGCGAAAAUGAUAGCAGCUAUCGAUCCUCAGUUGAGACCUACGCUUCCACAAUUCCGUCCACAGAGGAUCUCUCAGACGACUAUCCAAAAUACGACUUACCCGAGUCUCGCAACGAUAUGUUUCCCUCAGACGCAAUUCCGUCAAUACCUCCAGAGUUUGCGGAGUUGUUCCCUUCAACCAGGCGGUUAUUGAUUCGCCAUGAUGAUGCAACCGUUGAUGGUAACAUGAAUCUUCGCGUCGACACCGAGGUCAGGACGCGGCGAGGUGAAAAGCGAGACGUGAUCCUUUUUCACCUUCGUAUGCAAGAUCUGAAAGAACGCAAAUUCUCCUUCCGACGUUAUUGUCGCGAGUCUGGCCGGGAGAUUUGCCAUUCCAGCCGGACGUACCAAAAGGCCGCUGCCGAGCGAAGACCCGGUCUGCAACGAUCCUUGAGCCAAAUGGUGGCCUCCUUGCGCGCCAAACCCGAAGCCAAAGCCAUGAGCGCCGCCGGUUUAAAACGCUCUGAUUCCGGAUAUGCCUCUGUCUUCAGCGAGGCCGACGGCCUCGAGUCUCGGCCUAAAUCGGCAGCACGGCGCGGAUCGUCCAGCGGCCCGCAGCCGACCAAGACAAUAAAGCUUGAGUGCUCAAAUUAUGCACAAGUCGAUCUCAAGCGACGCGGUGCCAAAGCGUCUAAGCGUUACGAUUUUGAGUAUUGGGGUACCGACUACAGCUGGAAGCGCGAAGCCCGCAAGCACGGUGAUUUGAUUGAGGUGUCUUAUCACCUUGUAAACAGUCUAAAGGGCAACAUCCUUGCACAUAUCGUUCCCGAGCCUUUAUCGCCCCUCCAAGUCCGCGAAGAGGAAGCACGUGGCGGAUGGAUUCCGCCGUGUUCAAUGUGGAUCAGCGACGAUCAAAUCUGUGAAGGGUCCCCCGAUGUCGCCGACAUGAUUGUCGCUACUGGCCUCAUCGCUCUUGUUGAUGACAACAUCAAACGCCGUUUUCAUCAGAAACGAGCUAUGCAUCUUGUGCUUCCUGUUCCUAUGAAGACGCCGUUGAAGAUGAAUAUGGCGUAUGUGGAUCCGAAACGUCUCAUUGAUGAUGUUUUCAACCGCAGUAAUUUCUCUACCAACAAGAGCAGUCGGCGCUCACCGCCGUGCCGCUCACAAUCAGCGGGCAAUCCGUAA